GCGUCGCCGCGUGACGUCACCGCCCACCGCCAGCCCGCCGGGGCGCCCUGAGGGCUCCGGGCAAGAUGGCGGCGGCCGCGGCGCUGAGGGGCGGCGGGAGGGCGCUGAGCCGCGAGGUGUGGCAGCUGGAGGCGAGGGGGCUCUGCACGAAGCCGGUGGGCACCGGGACGGCGCCGCCAAAGAAUGUAGUGGCACCACAGGGAAGCACCAAGCUGCUUGCCAUGAAGGCACCAGUUGAAUUUCGUAAAAUGUUGUCUUCUAGCUCUCUCCUGCUGUCUGCAGACAAAGGUGAGAGCAUUUCUAGUACCACCCUCAAGGAAGCUGCAAAGCCUGCUGAAGACACAAGGAUGCCCAUGUCAAGAAAAACUGAGGUUGCGUUUCCUCAGCGAGGAGGAGUUGCUUCCUCCCAUGAGGAGGAAAAACUCACCACACCUGCAGCAGGAAGAGGCCUGAGGAAAGAGUUAGCUGAGGAACAGACUUCAUCCAGCUCAGAGUCAGAUUCUAGCUCAGAUUCAGAGGAUGAAAAUGUUGAUGAUUCACAAGUUGCUGUUAAAACUAAAGUUGAGUUUCCCAGACGAGAUGCCAUCUUUUCUGAGAACAUAGCAGUAAAGGCAUCAAUGCUGGCAAAAGAGAAAUUGCCCCAGAAAUCCCUCAAAGAAUACGGAAUUAAGAAGCUGCCACGCAAACCAGAAAUUAAUGUGUCUCCUGUGAAGCAGGUCAAAUUUUCUAAAACAUCAGUCAGCCAGGAAACAUCAAAAUCCAAAGCAAGAGACCCCAAAGUAAAAUCCCCUCCAAAAGAACGGAAGUUGGUGUUAGAACCACAUGUGCUGAAAAGUCUGAACCUGACAGAUGUCGCUCGUAAAUCUGAUCAUGUGGAGGAAAAGUCCAUUGGAACCCAGGUAGCAGCUAUUCAGCUGAAAGCCUCAGCAGUGACUCAGGAAGACAAAAAGCAAGAUCUGCUAUCCAGAGGAGCGAAGGAAAAGAUGAAGGAGGCACAAGAGUUGGAAGCAAAACAAGUAACUUCUCCUAAAGUGGAAGAGACUUCUGGAAGCACAGUGUUGGCGAUGGGCACCACAGCAAGGGAGGAGACCAUGCAGGAAUCAGAAGUCCAGACUGGAGAAAGCAGCACAAUUGAGGAGACAGCUCAGCCUGCCCCGGAGGAGUUUGAUAAUUCCACCUACAAGAACCUGCAGCACCACGAGUAUCACACUUUCACCUUUCACGAUUAUAUCGCUGUCCUGGCCAAGUACAGGCAGCCUCAGCCAUCCUCUGGAAGACCAUCACCAAGGCACUGAGAGAGCCACACUUACAGCAAACACCCAGGCUGCAUGGUGAAUUGUUCUCUUUAGCACUGUUGCUUCAUCUGUGUAAUUGAAAUCAGAUAAUAAAUAAUAAAGGCAUAAUAACUUGGGCUUUUGAACAGUU